AUGGAGGAAGGAGGAGGAGCAGAGAGCAGUCGAACAAGUUCGUCGACGAGACUGAGAGUCCGGGCCGACCCUAUCUUGGUGGUGUGUCGGUGCUUCAGCGUGAUCACUGCUCUCACUGCUAUUCUCUGUAUCGUGGUCAACGUCCUCUCCGCCAUUCGAUCCUUCCAGGACGGAUCUGAUAUUUUCAAUGGUAUAUUCCGGUGUUAUGCUGUUUUCAUUGCCAUCUUUGUCGUUGUGGCCGAGACCGAGUGGGGCUUCAUCACCAAGUUCUGGAAGGUUUUGGAGUACUGGGUCGGUAGGGGUAUGCUCCAGAUCUUUGUUGCGGUGAUGACAAGAGCUUUUCCUGACACUACUGGUUCUAGUGAGGAGAUCAUUCUUCUUCAGAACAUAGCGAGCUAUAUGCUUCUUGCUUGUGGUGUGCUCUAUGUUAUUUCGGGAAUUCUGUGUAUUGGCUUCCUCAAACGUUCUCGCCAGCAGAAAGAAAUUUCAAGGGAUCAAGCAAUUAAGGAUCUUGAGGAACUGGAACGGCGAAGGGAAGAACUUGAGUACUUGCUUGUUGAGGAAAGAGCUUGAUACAAGACAGUUUAGGCAAGAAAGUGACCUCUGAACCUUUUCAAUCAGUUCAUUUGAUUUGAUUAUCCUUGUGAGUUCCCUUAACUUGUUAUUCAUAGGAGCUCAUUGCUUUGUAUAGGAGUUUAUUUAUUUGUAUAGUGAAUGCAAACGUGCCUUUUACUCUUUUUUCAUUUCUCAGUUCAGAAAUUUCAAGAAAGAAUAAAAAAACUGCUCUCUGCCUUUCUUGUGAACACCAGUCGC